UCUGCCUGGCGGAAGUGGAGGGGCGGAAGCGACAGUUGCUAUGGAACUCGCGGAGGACUGGCUGGUGGAGUCUUUGCGCUUGUACCAAGAUUUCCAUGCAUUUGACCUCUCAGGAGCUACUCGAGUCCUUGAGUGGGUUGGUGAAAAAGGAGUCUUUGUUGCUGGUUAUGAAAGUUUGAAAAAGAAUGAGAUUCUUCAUUUGAUACUACCUCUCAGACUCUCUGUGAAGGAAAACCAGGGUUUAUUCCCCGAGAGAGAUUUCAAAGUGCGCCAUGGAGGAUUUUCAGACAGAUCUGUCUUUGACCUAAAGCAUGUGCCAGAUACCAGGUUGCUGGUGACCAGUGGCCUUCCAGGGUGUUCCUUACAGGUGUGGCAAAUUGGAGAGGACAGUGAUGUCAUUGAAACUGUUAGGACCAUUGAUGUGCAGGACAGAGAGGAGGGUCAGUGGCCUCGAAUGUCUGUCUUCUCCUCUGGGGCACCUGGAAUCCUUCACGGGGCGCGGCUCAGUGGCCUGAGGACUGUGGACUUGGAAUCCCAGAAGAUCACAUACCGCUCAGGUACCAAUGAUAGUGAGUCGUUGAGCAGCCUUCAGGUCCUAGACGCGGACACCUUUGCUUUCUGUGGCACCUCAGGUCGGCUGGGGCUUGUGGACACCCGCCAGAAGUGGGUGCCACUGGAGACUCUGAACCCCAGCCCUGACUCUAGUGGAGAGAGAUGGUGUGCAGAAGUUAGGAACGGAGGCCAAGGCCCUGGGCCCUGCAUCGCCAGCCUUGGCUCAGAUGGGCAGCUCCGUCUCCUUGACCCCCGGGAUCCCUGUCAUCCUGUGAGCUCAGCCCAGUGCCCAGUGUCCAAACCCAGCCCUGACCCAGAGCUGCUGCGAGUGACUUGGGCCCCAGGCCUGGACAACUGCUUGGCUGUUUCAGGCUUUGAUGGGACAGUGCAGAUCUAUGAUGUCACAUCAUGGGAUGGAAAGAAAGGCCAAGUGGAACCUCUUUUCACUCACAAAGGCCACAUCUUCCUGGACGGAAAUGAGGUUGACUCUGCUCCUCUGGUCACCACCCAUACCUGGCACCCUUGCAAACCCAGAACGUUGUUAUCUGCGGCAAGUGAUGCCUCUCUGCAUGUGUGGGACUGGGUGGACCUCCAGGCCUCCUCUUGACACCAGCAGUUCCCUCCUGGGCCUCUGAGAAGAGGGGGAGUUGCUUGCAUGGCAAGAACACUGAUGGAGGACUCUGAGUGACCACAGGUCUACCACAGCUGUGGCUUCAGGCCAGUUAGCCUGCUCUUCUGUCCCUUUUUCCCAUCUGUAAAAUGAAGGUGGUAGAUAGUAACUACCACCCAGGCACGUCACAGGUAAAGUCUCCGAGAUAGGUGG